AUGUCUUUUACGCCCACCAACCCUAAGCCGUUCUUGAAGUCACUUAUCAACAGGCCAGUCAUCGUGAGAUUGAAGUGGAACAUGACGGAAUACAAGGGAACCCUCAUUUCCAUCGAUUCCUAUAUGAACCUCCAAUUGGACGAGGCGGUGGAAUACGUUGACGGUGUCAAAAAGGACCUCUUGGGGGAAUUGUUCAUCAGAUGCAACAACGUGUUGUAUAUCAGAGAGGCCGCAGAGGAUAAGCCUGACAAGAUUGCCGAAGCUGCCAAUUUACAGGAGGAUGAAGUCAUGGCCUAGAGACUGUAGAGUUUUGUACAUUAGAAGCGCAUUGUGCUUGGUUAGAGUGAAUCAUUAAUACACUUGGGGACAUAUCGAACAAUAGGUGUAGAAGCGAGGG